GCACAAUUUUAAUGCCUGUACAGUGGUUCAUCACAUGAAAGACCACCCUCUACCUGACUAACCCCUUAUUGCUAAACAUUUAGGUUGCAUAUAGAUGUUGUUACUAUAAUAUUUCCAUUUUUAAAAAACAGUGCUAAGGAUUUUGCAUGAAUGUCCAUUUUCCCCAGACAGUGAACACCCCCGCCCAGUCUUUUAUUAUACAGUCCAAGUUGGCCGUGAGGAAGGUAAUGCAAUGCCAUCCACAUAGCUGUUGAGUGGCUACUUUUGAAAACAAUGGGUAUAAAAUUUACUUUUAGCCAGCCAUGGUAGUGCAUGCCUGUAUUCUCAACCUACUAAGGAAGUUGAGGUGGGAGGAUUGCUUGAUCCCAAGAGUUUGAAGUUAGCCUGGGCAACACAGUGAGAUUGUGUCUCUAAAAAAGAAUAAGAUAAAAUGAACUAAAAUAUACUUUUAAUGUUUGCUAACUGAUGUAAUUGCUCCAUGUCUCGUGCCCUGUAUGCCCUGUGCUCUUCCCACAGGUGGCCUUUUGCCCCACCCCCAGCAUACAAUGAUGGAAAUAGCCAAUGUGAGUUCUCCAGAAGUCUUUGUCCUCCUGGGCUUCUCUGCACGACCCUCACUAGAAACUGUCCUCUUCAUAGUUGUCUUGAGUUUUUACGUGGUAUCCAUCUUGGGCAAUGGCAUCAUCAUUCUGGUCUCCCAUAUGGAUGUGCACCUCCACACACCUAUGUACUUCUUUCUUGCCAACCUCUCCUUCCUGGACAUGAGCUUCACCACGAGCAUUGUCCCACAGCUCCUGGCUAACCUCUGGGGACCACAGAAAACCAUAAGCUAUGGAGGGUGUGUGGUCCAGUUCUAUAUCUCCCAUUGGCUGGGGGCAACCGAGUGUGUCCUGCUGGCCACCAUGUCCUAUGACCGCUACGCUGCCAUCUGCAGGCCACUCCAUUACACUGUCAUUAUGCAUCCACAGCUUUGCCUUGGGCUAGCUUUGGCCUCCUGGCUGGGAGGUCUGACCACCAGCAUGGUGGGCUCCACGCUCACCAUGCUCCUACCGCUGUGUGGGAACAAUUGCAUUGACCACUUCUUUUGCGAGAUGCCCGUCAUUAUGCAACUGGCUUGUGUGGAUACCAGCCUCAAUGAGAUGGAGAUGUACCUGGCCAGCUUUGUCUUUGUUGUCCUGCCUCUGGGGCUCAUCCUGGUCUCUUACGGCCACAUUGCCCGGGCCGUGUUGAAGAUCAGGUCAGCAGAAGGGCGGAGAAAGGCAUUCAACACCUGUUCUUCCCACGUGGCCGUGGUGUCUCUGUUUUACGGGAGCAUCAUCUUCAUGUAUCUCCAGCCAGCCAAGAGCACCUCCCAUGAGCAGGGCAAGUUCAUAGCUCUGUUCUACACCGUAGUCACUCCUGCGCUGAACCCACUUAUUUACACCCUGAGGAACACGGAGGUGAAGAGCGCCCUCCGGCACACGGUAUUAGAGAACUGCUGUGGCUCUGCAGGCAAGCUGGCGCAAAUUUAGAGACUCCAGUGCCUUCUGAGAAGGAAGAUCAAGUUUACACAGAGCAAAGUGACCUUGGAAGACAGGGCACUUGGGAUGUCGUUUUUCUUCUAAUAUUGUUUGAGCUCAAGGUAGAUGGAAAUCUGAAAGGAGUGUGCUCAUGCCAUUUCCAGACCAAGAAAAUACAUUUAUUAUUUGCUAAUUAUCAUAGUUUUGUUAAAUUGCGUUGUUGGUUCUUGCUAUAUAUACACAUGUUGACUGUCAUCUUGUUUUGUAAACUCCUUGCGUUGUUAUACAGCUGUUCCUCAGUAUCCGAAGCGGAUGGAUUCCAGGACGCUCCGUGGAUAAUAAAUUUUGACGAUGCUGAGAGCGCGCGGGGAGACCGGAGCCGGCCUGUUCCCCGGAGCCCCCGGAGCCCUCCCAGCCCUCAGCCCUGCGCCUGGGGUGAGCUGAGCCCGGGACUCCGCCUUGCAGGCUCCGGAACCCUCGCUGUGGCUCCCCCGCCCGGCCCAGGCCUUGAAGCCGCGGCGAACCUCUUCCUACCCUACCUCGGGGACCCGAUGGCAGCGGCGGCCUCCCUCCGCCUGGACCCCGCCGGCCGCGGGUCUCCCGGCCCAACCCCACCGACCCAGACCAAGACCGCGCCGACCCGCCGGGACUCAGCGCCUUCGGGUGGCGGCGGUUCAUUCAUGUUGUGAAGACAGGAUUUUGAAUGCUCUCACCACAAAGAAAUGACAAGUGUUUGAGCUAGAAGGAGGAUAUUGAAUGUUCCCAGCACGAAGAAACGAUAAAUGUUUGAGAUGAUGGAUAUUCUAAUCACACUUAUCUGAUCACUAUACAUUAUGUGCAUCCAAACAUCACUGUUUACCCCAGAAAUAUGUACAAUUAUUAUAUGUCCACUAAAAGCUAAAAUAAAAAAAAUUUUCAAACAUUCAAGAUCUGAAGAAAAACUUCAAUCUGAAUACUAAAAACUUUCCCUAACCUCUUGAAAAGACUAAUUAAAAAUCUCUGGAGUUUGGAUGCACUGUAAUUUUCAUCUGCCAGUUCAUGGCUUUGUUUAAGCUCAGUAGUCAAGUUGGUAGAACCUCCAGAGAAAGCAAUGAGGAAGUGGCAGUAGGACCCUCUGGGACCCGUUACCCCAAAUAUCUGUCAUCUUCUUGACCUCAAGGCUGGGUGUCAACUCAGGACAGGAGUGCAGGUCCUCAUCAGUUUAUGUGGGGAUAGCAGACAACGCAGACCCUCCCAGAACCAUGAGGACAGCACUGGGCUUUGCCCUGACCAUCCAUCAGCCCCUGUUUGGCACAGAGGAGAAUGAUGACCAUAACUCACACUUUCCUCCAACUGCCUUAAAUGCUCAGGCUGAUUGGUCAUGUGCUCACCCAACUGCUCCCUAAAUGCUUAACAGAAAAUGAAGACAUCCUCUCCAGAACCCAAGGAAGUACACUUGAAAUGUGAUUUGUGCCUCAGAUUGGCAUCCAAGAAGAACUGAAAGAAACACCAUGCAUUUCACACAAUUUCUGGCUCCACAUCCAGUAGAACUAUUGGAAUCCUCCAAUAACCAUCUUGAGGCAGUAAAUCCUGAAAGAAAGUGAAAGAAGACCUUUCUAAAUAGAGGGAAGUCCCAUCUUACUUGGAUUUAAGUUAUAGUAAAUGAAGAGGAAAAUGCUAACAUGCCAUAUUGGACACCACUUGUCUUUCGAUGCCAGGUCCCUUUUCAGCCUAAUAUGUCAGAAUUUUCUAGGCUCCAUCUUUUCUUUUAUUCCUCUUGCAGCAACCCUAGGCUUUGAUGGCUUCUCACAGGACAGAAAACCUGGAUCAUCCCAAACCUGCUCUGUGAACCCUCUACUUCAUGUAUGGGUUUCCUCCCAUGCUGCGCACUGUGAGGGUCAUGCAUCACCACAGCAUGCACAGCUGAGAAAUGUGGAGAGUGAAGGACCCAGGCCACAUUGACUGUGGGGAUGUAAGCCAGUGGAGACACACUUCCUGAAGUAAGAUGCAUUUCACAAAGCUCCCAGGUUCCAGAAGGAUGGAGCACCAGUCACCCUUGGUCAUGGCCAAACCCUCUUUGUCCUUGCCCUUUCCUGCUCUCUGGGAUCACAGAACAUGUGCACUGGACACAGCUUCUGCCUUGGAAACACCCAGACUAAGGUAAUUUCUCACACACCAGUUUAUCUUCCAGCUUCUGUCAGAACUUUAGGUCAAGUGUUGCGAGCCAGAUAGAGUAAAAAAUAUAAACUUUAAAAAUUAUAAUCACCCUCAACAUGGCAAGCUUCUCAUGGUAAGAAAGGAAUGCAAGAAUUCAGAAACUAACCCAGAGAAUAGCAGGCUCAAGAUUUCUUGGCAAAUAAAUUCACUUAAUAGAUCACAGAUAUUUUCUCAUCUCAACACAUGCUGUGCACAGGUAUAUUUCAAACCUAAUCACCAUGGAAUUUCUCAUUUUCAUUAUUACAAACAAAGCUACAAUAAGUUCAUGUGUAUUGAAAUCCUUGCAAACUUGACUAGUAGCUCAAGAUAAAUUUUAGAAUAAAAAAUCAAAUGGUAUUCACAUGUAUAUACUCUGAAGCAUAUAUUUGGUCUUCAGUAGGUUUCCAGGCAUACAACUACUAAAAUCCUUGGAUUCCUUAAAGUGGUACUUGUAUGUUAAUAAGUUGACAAAUGGCUAGUAGUCCCUAGGUAGCUUCAGGAUGGGAGCUGGGCACCUGAAAGACCAAGGCAGAAUUAGAGAAUUAAGAUAGUCAGACCCAGCCCCCAACCUCCAUGGAGGGAAGAAGGGAUGAAUGUUAAGCAGAACACCAAUGGCCAGUGAUUUAAUCAGUCAUGCCUACAGAAUGACGCCUCCAUAAAAACCCUCAAGGACUGGGUUCAGAGGGCUUCCAGAUAGCUGAAGACAUGGAGGUUCCUGGAAGGUGGUGAACCUGGAGAGAGGAUGCAAGCUCCACAGCCUUUCCCUAUACCGCACCCUAUGCAUCUCUUCAUCGGCAUCUCUUGCGAUAUCCUUUACAAUAAACUGCUAAAUGUAGAUGCCUCCAUGAGUUCUGUGGGCUGCUCUAGCAAAUUAAUUGAACCCAAGAAGGGGGCUGUGGUAACCCAGACUUACAGCUGAUUGACUGGUCAGACGCACAGGUAAAAAGAACUUGAGGCUUAUAAUUGGUAUUGGAAAUGGGGAUGUCUUAUGAGACUUAGCCCUCACCCAGCAGACCUGGCAUUAUUUCCAGGUAGAUAGUGUCAAAACUGAAUUGAAGGACACCCAGCUGGUGUCUGCCACAGGAUUGAUUGUUUGCUUGGUGUAUGGGCUUAACCCCAUCACCUUUAGUCACAGAAGUCUUCUGUGUUGAUUAUUGAGUGAGAGAAUAGAAAAAGCGCUUUAGUUUGUUUUUCCUUAUAGAACAUGUUGACAUUACGUGGACAUAUUUAAAUUUCCCUUCAGACACCAAAUUCGUACUUUUGCCAAUAAUGUGUACAGAGGCAUAUAUUCUCACAGUUUCACUAACAUUUGAUUUUGUUAGUAACUUUAGUUUUACUUGCAAAUCUUACCUCAGUAUCAUUUUAUUUGGCAUUGAUUUAAUCAUUAGUGAGGUUUAACAUCUUCUGGUAUGUUUUGGGGCUAUUUGUGUUUCUUCAAUAAAUUGUUUUUUUCUUAAAUUUUCAUUGUUUUACCUUUUUGCUUACUGAUUUGUAGCGGUAGUUGACAUGAUUCUACACAUCUUUGUCAUCAUAUAAGUGUUGAAUCGUUCUUCUAGUGGGACGUUUUAUCCUUUUGCUAUGUUUUGUUUGUUUCCUUUGUGGUACAAAAGUUUUAAAUGUUAUAUGUAUUAAAUAAACUAUCAAUCAUGCCUUUAUGCCUUCUA